CAGCUUUGACUGAAUGUGGUCUUAUCUUAAAAGACAAUGGGGAAAAUGGAUCUAAAGAUUAACCAGGUGGGUAUUUAGAUAGACGUGUCCUUUUUAUUUUGUUUAUUUGAUGGUCAGAACUUUUGUAAUGCUUCAGGAAUUUGUAAAAGUAAAAAACUAAGUGUGAAAAGUUUUGUAUUUAUUUAUGUAAAGAAAAUUGUUGAUUUUUUUUUUUUAUAAAUCUCUUUUGGUUGAUGGCAUGAUGCAAAAACACUGCUGUUGUAUCUUGUGUUAAAAGAAUAUCUGCUUCUCAGAAAAAUAUCAUCAUAAACAAUUCAUAAAUAUAUAUAUAUAUAAAAAAAAAAUAAUAAAAUAAACUUCCUUGCUUGGCUCGUGCUUGACUGCGGUUCGGCAGCAUGUCAGAUCAGUUCCUGGAAUUUAUUCAGUUGAGUUUUCAGCCUACAGUGGGUGUGUUCGUUUUGAGUGACGUCACCGCGCUCCUCGUGCCUGUUCAUGCCCGCCUCUCUGUCAUAGCGCCGCGUGCCUCUCCCGGGUACACACCUGAAGGCGCAGCGGCUCUGCUCGGAACCCGGACCGGGUCAGGUCGGCUCACGGCUCGGUUCGCCACUCGGAUACAGAGACAUGGACAUAACGGCGCGCGCGUAAUUAAAGAACAGGAUGGAUGCAGAAAACCUCUUGGAGACUCACUUUUGAGAUAUUUUUUUUUUUUAAAGAAACACACCUCCUGAUUACCAGACUCAUUACAAGACCAUGAUGAUCCGUGACAAAAAUGACACUUGCCACAACAAGCUCCAUAUCGACCCCAGCCACACCCCAGUGCCCAGUGCCAUCAUGUUCGCCGCGGGCAUCUUUGGGAACGUUUUGGCCCUGAUGAUCCUGGAGCUGCGGCGACGGCGGGAGGCCAAGAAGGAACUCCAGAAGGGUAGCCCGCUGUUCCACAUCCUUAUCACUGCGCUGGUGGUGACCGACCUGGCCGGGACUUGCCUGGUCACCCCCAUCGUGCAGGUGGCGUACGCUUACAACACCACACUCAUCGGGUUGUCGUCCAAUAAUUCCCACGACCCGACUCCAAUGCUGACCACAACUUCUGACAACUCGACUCAGAAGAGAAGUCUAGCCGAAAGUGCCGUGUGCCAAUACUUUGGUUUCAUGAUGACCUUCUUGAGCCUCGCCACAUUGUCACUCCUCUUUACUACAGCCUUGGAUCGAUGCUUCGCCAUAGGGUACCCCUACCUGUAUAGCCGCCACGUCACCAAGAAAUGGGCUUACAUCGCAAUACCGCUGUUGUUUGUUUUUUCUGCCUUAUUUUGCCUGCUUCCAUUCAUUGAAUUUGGUUCAUACGUGCAGUACUGCCCCGGCACGUGGUGCUUCAUUGACAUGAACCCAGAAAGCCCGAGAGACCGAGUCUACGCCAACCUGUACGCCACGCUGAUGCUGGUGCUGGUUCUGACCGUCGUGGUGUGCAAUGGCUUUGUGAUAUAUCAGCUGUUCAGGAUGUACCGGCGCCGCAAAAGACAAGGCUCUAUCAAUGCGUUGACCAAGAGGUCCAACAGCCAACGCAGGCCGAUGUCCAUGGCAAAGGAGGUGGAGCACCUCAUCUUGAUCUUCUUCAUGACCAUCAUCUUCGUGAUCUGCACCCUGCCGCUAGUGAUCCGGGUCUACAUCAACUCUUUAUCCAAAGACAAGGAAUCUCACAUCUUGGACUUGACCGGGCUCCGCUUCAUCUCCAUCAACUCCAUCAUCGACCCCUGGGUCUUCAUCCUCCUCUCGCCCAACGUGGUUCACUUUUUCCUCUUUUCCGUCUGCCACGCCCCCUUCGGAAGCUCCAGGGAUUCUGUUUGUAAAUCGUCGUUGGUUAAGGAAAACUCUAUAGUGAAUGUAGAACUGGCCAACACACGGCUGUGUGCCGAGCAUUUUUCUUCACGGGAAAAUGCUUGAACUGGAGUAAACCCUUUUUUUGUUAUUUAUAUUUAUUGGCAACAGGAGUGGAAAGGCAAAUUCCCACUCCGGGAAGGUUUGAUGGUCUGCAGCAACCAUGUGGUUGGAGUUUCCGGUUGAUACCUCCGUCUGUUCUCAGAGAUUUUCUUUAAUUCACCGUUUCGCUGCUAGGAUUGAAGGUCAUGGGCUUCAAGGAGCAGGACUCUGGUUUAUGACAGUAUUAGACAAAGAUCUGACAAAAAAGACACCAUUCAAUUGGAAAAAUGCUUCUUCGCAAACAGGUUUCUUUGGAAAACUAUCCUUAAAACAAAGGUGGAGAUCAUCAAAAUGAAUUGAGACCUGCUGGUUGAGUACAGACCUUAUUUCACUGUAAAGGAAUUUGAUCUCCUGUAAGACAACAGUGAGUUUAACUUAGGACUUGCCAAACCACUUUGAGUGAGUGACACUCAUUUGGGAGAUUACAGGUUUGGUUUCAAGCUUUUGUACAUCCUAGAGUGUCCCUGACAAAGGCAAUAAGGGGUAAGUAGACUUCAGGAGACUCUUAGAUUUUGUGCCCCAAAGGAAAAGUGUCAUAGAAGUAGAAUAUCGUCAAUCAGUCUACUAAACCGUACUGAAGCUCCUAGAAAUUGGGUUUAAGCCAUAGUGGGGAUAGAAAUGUACGAGUCCUGCAGAUUUAUAGGUUGUCCCGGCCCAUGGAGGGUUGUAGAGAGAAAAAUCUGUCUCUGUUUCGUGUGACUCUUACGGCCACCUCAAGGAAUUUCAUGGUAAUGGAAUCUCUACAUACUUACGACGUGUGGGUGAUGUUGUCAUAUGGUGCCCCUAUGCCACACUAGUCAUUAGUAAGGUACAGGUACCGGCCACUUGCAUGAACGUCCGUAAGACACCCGUAUUAAACCCACACAAACUACACUUGGUCUAAUUUCCUCAUUUCUAACAGACUGAAUGCAAGGAGUGUACACUUAUCACGUGAGCCUCUUAAUUAAUAAAUUCGUAAGAAAAGGUCGCCAUCUUGCCUAGUGUAUAGUUGUUCACUAUGACCAAUUGGCCGCAGCAUGCCCAUAGGAAAAAAUGCACAUUUCACUUUACAAGCUCACCAAAGCCUCAUUUACACUGAGCGGUCCGGUAUGACCCAUUUUUUUUGAGUGUUUCCAUUGUAAAAUAGACCCAUUAAACAGAACCUCUUGGGGGCUCCCAUUCAAAAGUGGUACGGAGCAAAGCCGCUGUAGCCGCCCGUCGAUUGGUAGAAAGCGAGGAUUUUGUUAGAAAUAUAGCGCUCAUUUAAGCUAACGUUUCCAACGUUUGUAAGCAUUUUAUCACAGCAUUCUUCUUAGCAGCCCACAAUCUUCUUUCAAACAACAUUAAAUUCCUGUAAUACACGAUGUAAGUAAAGCAAUAAAAAUACGCUCACCAGAAUUAACUGGACUGUUCAGUGCAAACGAGGCUCAAGUGAUCUAUGAACUUGUUACGUAACAACUGGGUCCCAUACAGGUUUGGCCAAUUUGUCGCCCCCGAACAGUUCAUAUCUAGGCGUACGGGCAGUUGCAAUGUUCACACUGAUCAGUUUGGGAAGUGUGAAAGCUUUGAAGUGGUAUGAACCGAUCAAGCCAGCCAAGUUCUAACGGAAAACAAGGGUCUCCUAUAUUUGCAAGUGACCCUUGGUGUGGUUUACUAUCAUCUAAAUGCUAGAGUAAAGUGAGUGUUGUUAAAACCCUGAAGUUAAAAAAAGGAAAAUAAAGUUGCUCCAAUAAUGACACAGUUGGAGAAAGUCUCAUGAUCCAAUCAGGAGGUGAAGUCGAGUGAAGGAUAGUUGCUCGUUUGAGGCAACACCUCACCUUUUUGUCACUUUUUCAGACUUUUAAGUUCACCUAUGACUCCCCACGGCAGACCAUCAACACUUAAGGCAGCUCUUUAUUUUGUGUAUAAAUGGUCAAUGUGAAAGUGUUCUGUAGAAGUUGCAGAAUAGAAACCAUAGUGCUCCUAGUUAGUUUCGCUUGUAUUCCAUGUGCAAAAGCAUGAUAGAACCUUAAAGAAAACGUGGCUUAAUGAAGAAUUUUUUUUUUUUUAAAAUGCCUUUAUUGUUGUGCUAUUGUCUUAAUUGCAGACUUUUCAGGAAAAGUUACCGCCUUCAUCUGUCUUAAAAAAAGUUAUUUGGGACAAAAAUAGCAUAUAAGGCCCUACUUAAAACUGAAGUGCCACUUGACCUCCAUGGACUUUACAAUGGAUCAUCUUGAAACGCUCAUGUGAGUUUCCAAAGCAUAAAAAAGGCUCCAAAUGGAAAAUAUGAUCGCAUAAGUCUGUAAAAUCCUCAUUUUUUUGGUCAAAGAGCCAAUAAAAAAAAAAAUAAUGCUUAUAGCAGAAGAUCGACCAGAUGCACCAACGUCUUAAUGUGUUGCCACCGUGACACAUCAUCACAUGAUUAUAU